ACUUGGAUUUGUGUUUGUCACAUAUACACAAUACAUUACCAUUCAUUCAGGCUUUGACCAAACCUCUAUUCUACUCUACCCUACCCUUUCUAUUAUAUUAUAGGAUGAUAUACAUAUAUAUAUAUAUAUAUAUAUUUCAUACAUAGACAAGACCACAUGCGUAGGUCCUAGAAGCCUGCUCUUCUUCCCCCUUAUUUUCUUUUGUUUUUUCUUCUUAAAAAAAUAAAGGGAAAAGAAAAAAAAUAUAUAUAUAUAUAUAUUAUUUCCCUAUUGGCUAUUGCUUCCUUCCAAGUUCCAAAUAGCAAUUGGCAAGUAGAGACAGAGUGAACUUUUCAAGUGUGAAUCAAAUAAGUAUAAAAACUAAACAUAUCAAAGGCUAUUAUACCUAUACAAACAAACAGAUACCAAAACUACUACAAACAAAUUCUGGUACUUAUUUAGCAGCAUAAGUAGCAUACAUAGAAAUAGCUAUAAUUGCCAGAAAUGAUACCCAUCUUUGAUCCAAACGACAAUGAAGCUGGUAUGAAGCUUUUGGAGGACCUAACCACAAAUACACACCACUUUCAACAGCAGGCAUUGAAGGAGAUACUAUCAAACAACGCUGCCACAGAAUAUCUAAGCGGCUUUCUCAAUGGUCACUCUGAUAUCAAGCUUUUCAAGGACAGAGUUCCCAUCGUGAAGUAUGAAGAUAUCAAGCCUUAUAUCCAACGAAUUGCCAAUGGAGAAGCCUUGAACAUCAUUUCAGCUCAACCAAUAACAGAGCUCCUCACAAGCUCGGGAACAUCAGGAGGGCAGCCAAAGAUGAUGCCUUCAACGCUCGAAGAACUGGAGAGGAAGACAUUCUUCUAUAAUCUGCUUGUGCCAAUCAUGAACAAAUAUGUGGAAGACCUGGACCAAGGAAAGGCCAUGUAUCUGCUGUUUGUGAGACCAGAAGUGCGUACUCCAUCAGGUUUGAGGGCGCGGCCUGUGCUGACCAGCUAUUACAAGAGCGACAACUUCAGAAAGCGGCCAUUCAACCGAUACAACGUCUACACCAGCCCCGACGAGACCAUCUUAUGUGAUGACACCAAGCAGAGCAUGUACUGCCAAUUACUCUGCGGUUUACUUGAGCGGGACCGUGUUCUGAGGGUGGGAGCCGUUUUCGCCUCUGCUUUUCUCCGCGCCAUCAAGUUCUUGGAGGAGCACUGGGAAGAGUUAUGCUCCAACAUAAGAUCUGCCCAGUUGAGCGAAUGGAUCUCUGAUCCAAGUUGCAGAAAUGCCGUCUCAGCAUUAAUGCUCAAACCCAAUCCAGAACUGGCCGACUUGAUCCAAACCCAAUGUAGGGAGAGGUCAUGGGAAGGGAUCAUCAAAAGGGUUUGGCCCAGAACCAAGUUCAUUGAAGUCAUUGUCACAGGGUCCAUGGCACAAUACAUCUCGACGCUUGAAUUCUACGGCAGAGGCCUCCCUUUGGUGUCGACCAUGUACGCUUCGUCCGAAUGCUUCUUCGGGAUCAACUUCAAACCACUUAGCAAACCAUGCGACGUCUCCUACACUCUCAUUCCCACCAUGGCCUACUUUGAGUUCUUACCUGUAGUAGCACCAGCAGACAAUAAUGAUCCCAGUAAUUGUGGCUCUAAUGACCAGGCAGUCGUGGACCUCGUAGAUGUGAAGCUCGGUCACUACUAUGAACUCGUAGUCACCACUUUCACAGGCUUGUACAGAUACAGAGUGGGAGACAUCCUAAGGGUGAGUGGCUUUCACAACAAAGCACCUCAGUUCAGGUUCGUGCAGCGGAGAAACGUGGUUUUAAGCAUCGACGCAGACAAAACGAGCGAAGAAGAUCUGUUGCAGGCAGUUGGUAAAGCAAAAGAGGUGGUAGAAGCAGUGGGGUUCUUAGUGACAGAGUACAGUAGCUACGCUGACACAUCGUCGAUCCCAGGCCAUUACGUGCUGUUUUGGGAGCUCAAGAGCAAAUCAUCAUCAUCAUCAUCAGAGUUGGAGCUGAAUCAGGGUGUAAUGGAGGAAUGUUGUUGGAGGGUGGAAGAGUCAUUGGAUUCGAUUUACAGAAGAUGCAGAGCAAAGGACAAGUCCAUUGGAGCAUUGGAGAUAAGGGUUGUGAAGGAGGGAAGCUUCGAUGCUCUGAUGGACUUUUGUGUGUCACAAGGAUCUUCAGUGAACCAGUACAAGACACCCAGAUGCAUUAAAUACGAGGCAGGGAUAAUGAUUUUGGAGUCCAGAGUUGUGGCCAGAUUUUUCAGUAAAAAAACACCCUCAUGGGAGCCUCCUUGCUUUUUAGUUUGAUCACCUAAACAUGGCUGCCUGCCUGCUACAGUGCAACUGUACUCUCUUUUCGAUAUGUUAUAGUGUAUGUUGGAUUCAUUAUGUUUAAUUAAUUAAUGGAUAUUAGUAUAUAGUAUUAAUAUUAUUAUUAAUGAGAUGGUGAGACUGAGAUGGUGAGCUGUUCACUUAAUAAUUUGAAAGCCCUGCUCCACACCUGAGCUCCACCUCCAAUCCAACUGGAAAUGAAUGUUAGCUACUAUCACUUUCUCAA